AUGGUACGCAAAGAAGGUAAGGCUGCAGCAGCUGCAGCAGCAGCAGCAGCAGCAGCAGCAGCAGCAGCAGCAGAUAAUGAUGAGGGGGAGUUGGGUGAUUCUAUGAAAAGCACUAAGAAGAAACAAAAGAGACAAAAGGACCCCUCAGAAGUUGCUGCUGCUGCUGAGGCCCCCGAGGCUGCUGCAGGAAGUACGAAGAAGAAAAGAAAGCUCAAGCAAGACACAGCAGCAGCAGCAGAAGGAGAAGGAGCAGCAGCAGCAGCAACAGAAGCAACAGAAAGCGAUCCACCGAAGAAGAAGGCAGCCAGAAAAUCCUUUGCUAAUGCUAAAGAAGCAGAAGAGGGUGAGGGGGCCCCUGGUGCUGCUGCUGCUGCUGCUGCUUCUGCAGCAUCUUUAGAGUCUGUACAGCAGCAAAAGGGCCCCCGUAACCGUCAGAGACAGCUUGAGGGGUGUUGGAGCCCUGAGCAGAUAGCAGAGAAGAAGCAGCAGCUGCUGCAGCUGCUGCAGCAGCAACGCAGCACCCUCUCUGCCUCUAGAGUUAAACGUCUUCGCAACAGACUGUCUAUACUCGCUAAAGCAGAAAGAGGAGAACGAACAGUCGUAAGAGGGGUCAUUUGCUGCACGAGUGCCGCGAAGCAGCAGCAGCAACAGCAACAGCAGCAGCAACAGCAACAGCAGCAGCAACAGCAGCAGCAACAGC